CAUCAGUAGUGAGUAAUUAGCAAAAAAAAGAUUAACAGCAUGAAUGGGAUGGUAUAUAAGGAGAACUAUAGAGGCAAAGAAGAGAGUAGUGAUGAGCGCGAAAUUGAAACGCUAAAGAUGGAGAAGAAGCAAUCGGAGGUGAUGGAGCAGUUGGUGAAGCAAGCCUCUGCUUCCCCCAACGCUAACGCACUCACUUCCAUCCUCGUCCAAGCCACUUCUCACCCCAACGUCUUCUCUUUCUCUCAAUUUCUCGCCCUCCCUAACCUUCUACAGCUUGAAGCAACUGAGAAUUCUACUUAUCUUGAUAUGCUUCGGUUGUUUGCACACGGAACAUGGAGUGAUUACAAGAGUAAUGCUGAUUGCUUUCCUCAAUUGAUACCUGAUCAGAUCCUCAAGCUUAAGCAACUCACUGUUCUUACACUGGCUGAGACAUACAAGGUACUACCCUAUAACCAACUGAUGCAGGAGUUAGACAUGACAAAUGUUCGUGAACUUGAAGAUUUUCUAAUUAGUGAAUGCAUGUACUCGGGAAUAGUAAGAGGAAAGUUGGAUCAUCUGCGGCAAUGCUUUCAGGUCCAGUUUGCAGCAUGUAGGGACUUGAGGCAUGCUCAACUAGGGAGUAUGAUACAAACACUCUCUAACUGGUUGUCUACAUCAGAAAAUCUGCUUGUUUCAAUUCAAGAGAAAAUAAAAUGGGCUGAUGCUAUGAGUGAAAUUGAGAAGAAGCACAGGAAGGAUGUGGAAGAGAAGGUACAAGAAGUAAAGUCUCUUAUCAAGAAGUUACACAUUGUAAACAGGCCAACAUUAACUUUGGGGGCAAUGAGGAUAUUUGCUCUGAAUCUCUUAGUGUGAUGGAUUAUGAAGAUUUUGGCCGACUGAAGAGGAGGCGGAAAAUACUAUUUUGAACAUUGUAAUAGAUGAAGACGCCCAUUGGAUGGGUAAUUUAGUAGCUUUAGCUUACCUGAUUUUCACUUGGCAUGCUGCAACUGACAAUACAGCUUUUGGAUCUCAUCGAUAUUGAACUCCUGUCACACCACAAUGAAAGAUAAAAACAAGGGAAAAGAGGAGAAAACAUGUUAUUUCUUCAGGGUUGUACUUUGGAAAUUGAUGGUAAUUGUUGAACCAAUGUUAGUCAUACAUAUUGAGUUGGCAAGAACAAGCUAAGAUGGUAGUGUGUGAUCUUUUCUUUUUUUGUUGGAAAAUGAUAUGCUGUUUUUCAAAUGGUAAAGUAAUUUUAGCUGUUGAUAAGAACAAUUAAUGAUUAGUAUUAUGUGCACAUGCAUAAUAAAUCAUGUACAUGUUAGAAUAUUA